AUGUUCCGGCCGGGCACGCGCGCUCGAAACCAUGCGCAGGGCAAAAGUUGGUGGGCGCGCACCCACUUGUCUUCUUCCCAUGGUAUAAAACAAACGCCAUUCGGCGACAUGCAGCGGCUCGGAAAAUCUCGCAAAUCUCGCAGAAUACGAAUGUUGGUCACCCUGCUUGUGUUGUUUGCGCUUGUCUGGCUUCUUGGCCUCCUGGCAGCGUUUCCCGUCAAGGAAAGCGUUGUAAGUGCAACUGGUCACGGCGCGGCCCAAACACUGGGCGCGAAAGCUGCUAGCGACAGCAAGAACGAAGACAGCCGCAGCAGCGGCAAAGAUGGCAAUAACAACAAUAACAAUAACAACAAUAACAACAAUAACAGCAAUAACAGCCACAAAAGCGGCGCCAAAUACAAUGAGGGCACUAGCAGCAACGACAAGGCUAGCGGAGGUGAGCUCCAAAGCGCGCUUUUCGCACCUGUUCAAUACGCCGAAGGUGCAUUUUACGACGAGGCCAGCCACGUCUUGGGCACUAGUAACUUCCCCAUUGCUAACCAGUACCAGAGACAGCCAUAUGUCAGCAACGGAUAUUUGGGCAGUCGCGUGCCCAGUGUGGGGCACGGAUUUGCCUAUGAUACACUUACGCCUGAGGGCGCGCCAGAUGAUAUCUCCAACGGGUGGCCCUUAUUCAACCCACGAUACGCAGGCGCAUUUGUGGCGGGCUUUUUCGAUUUGCAGCCUUCCACAAAUGGCACAAAUUUCCCCUGGCUCCUCCAGUAUGGCGGCGAGAGUGUGGUGGCCGCUGUGCCCCAGUGGACAACCCUCAUGUUGGCUGCGAACGGAUCGCACUUGGACCCGCAGCACCCUUCGGGCGUCUCGAGCUACCUGCAAAACUUGUCUAUGGCCGACGGUACUGUUCGCACCGCCUACGAAUGGCGCGCGCUCAAUGUGCAUUAUGACGUUUGGGCGCACCGCACAGAGCCGAGUCUUGGGAUCGUGAGAGUUUCGGUCACAAGCGGUGCUGAUUCUCCUGUCCAACUCCAAGUUGUCGACCUGUUGGACUUUGCAACUGCACAGCGGUGCGAAUUGGACCAUGUGGGAGUCGAUAAUGAUGCCGUCUAUAUGAUGUACAGGCCACAAGGUGCCGAGGCAUAUGGUGCGACAUACUCCAUAGUGGAGGUGGAAGAAGCUUACAACGAGACUAACGUUGACAAAAAUACCAAUGCAAAAGGGAAUGACGCCAAAGGCGAAGGAAACAACAAAAUCAAGAGAGACGUGAGCCAAAGUGGCAUUGGUGCUGGCAUUGGUGCUCACGUUAGUACCGACGGCGACAAAGACGAUAACAAAUCCGAGACUAAAAUUGAAUCUACCUUUUGUGUCUUUGCCAACUCUUAUGCUCAAUCUAACCAGUCCGUUUCUCAUACCGUCUCGCUCACUCUUUUACCCGGUCAGUCUAUCAUUUUGACUAAAUAUGUGGGUGUUGUCUCAUCAGAUAUUGAUCCAGACCUCACUCUGGCCGACGCAGUUUUGGAACGCGCUCGCCAAGUUGCCCGUACUCAUGCCGGCAACUAUGACACCGCUCGUUCCUCGCACGUCAGCGCCUGGAAAGACCUCCAUCGCGCCCCUGCUUUCCCCGAUGACCCUCUUCUCUCGUUGGCAGCGCGCGCCUCAGUGUUCCAUCUCGCCGCUAAUACCAGAGCGAACGCCACAGGCUUGACUGCUGCGUUGGGUGUCACUGGCCUUUCUUCGGACUCCUACGGUGGUAUGGUAUUUUGGGACACAGACUUGUGGAUUCUGCAUGGCUUGUUGCCCUUCCACCCUCUUCAUGCCAAGAGUUUGGUCAACUACCGUAUGCAUACACGGAAACAAGCACUCGACAACAUCCAUAGUCCACUGGCGCCGCAUGACGGUUUCUCUGGUGCUGUAUAUCCCUGGACCAGUGGGCGCUAUGGUAAUUGCACUGGAACUGGGCCUUGCUUCGACUAUGAGUACCACAUCAAUGCUGCGGUGGCUAUGGCCGCGUGGCAGGUUUACCUCAGUGGUGCUGGUGAUGAAACAUACCUCUUAGAAGUUACUCGUCCACUUGUACGAGAUGCGGCUCGCUUCCUCUCCAGCUAUGCUGUUUACAAUGGCUCCCUACAAAUGUAUACCACAAGCAAUUUGACAGAUCCAGACGAGUACGCCAACCACAUUGACAAUGGUGCAUACACUAACGCAGCUAUUCUGGCAACGACGCGUUGGGCCCUUUCUAUUGCCCGUCACCUUGCUGACAAUGAUACUGAUCUCUACGAGUCUGUGCCAGGUAAUGUGUUCUUGCCACGAUCUUCACAUGAUCUGCUGGUGGUGUUGGAAUACUCAGGCAUGAAUUCAUCAGUUGAAAUCAAGCAGGCUGACGUGGUAAUGUUAACCUAUCCAUUGGACAAUGAACUCAUUACCGAACGUGAGGCACUUGCGAACUUGGACUACUAUGCGGCGAAACAACUGAGUGUAGGACCGGCCAUGACCUACCCUAUAUUUUCUGCUGUGGCCAAUGCUGUCCUGCAAACGGGCUGUGCUGCACUGUCCUAUUUGCAAAAUGCUGUUCAGCCGUUACGUUACGAGGACAUUACCGGUAAAGAGACUGAACAGAAUUUUGAUACGUUUCGUGACAAUGCGUGGGCACCCAUCCAGCGUUUCCGUUCAUGA